AUGCUGACACAGGGGGGAGGAUGGAAUGGGGGCAGACAUGCCUUCCCAGGGAGAUCGGGUGGUUUUGGAAGAGGUGGUGGUCGAUUUGGUAUAGGAAAUGGAGUAGGCAGAGGUUUUGAAGAAGAGGAUUCCUCGACUGAGGGAAAUGGAGAAAAUCUGAUUUGGCAAGCCAAGACAGGGAAGAAAGAAGCAGGGGAAGAGACCAUCAAAAAAGCAAAUGGAGAUGCAGGGGUUUCUGGACUUGAAAAAGAUAGAAAUAAGGAACAACUGGUCCAGUCAGAUCAGAAUCAACAACAGAAGCUGCCGACCUCUCUGCUCUCUCAGUUAGUGCAGGGGAUGAAGAACAGUGAGAAAGACCAGAUUGAGGAGAUGUUUGGGAAACAUUCUGGAAAUCAGCCUGGGGAAGACGGUCAAAAGAAAGAAGAAAGAGGUGGAGAAGGACAGCAAAGGGCUGACAAAGGUUUUGAACAAAAUUCAGGUAUGGAACUGAAGAAACAGGGGGGAGAAACAGUUGGCAACGGAACAUUGAGGAUAACAAGAAAGGAUUUGAUAGGUUCAGCAAGCAGGUUUGUGGCAAGUGCAAAGACCCCAGACAUACCACCAAAGAAUGCAGGGUGGGACACUGUUUGA